CACACGUGCCUUCGCGCCGCAAGCCAAGCGCAGCAAAUUUUAGGUGCACACCAGCCCGUGAAGCACUUCACUGCACUGGUUGGAAGUCAGUAGGAAAGCGCUGCGGAGUUAGUGCGUCCGGCUCACUCUCUCUCUGCAGUGUUCCUCGGCGCAGUGCAGUGCAGGCCAAGUCACCGAGCUGAGUUUUUUUGAACCAUAAUUUGAGGAGUGUGGUCAGCAACACUGACGAGUUCCUCACGAGUUGUGCGUCUUUCUGGUGAGGCAAAUACUGCGUGUUGUUGCGAAGAAGAACGCCUCGCUCCUUGACCUUUGAGGUGCAGACGUUUCAGAGGAAGGUUGUCUUGAAGUACGACGUGGCAACAGGUCUACUGAUAAUUCCGUGUUCGUGGGUUUUUUGGAGCGAAGAAGUGUAGGGACGGCAGCGACGAUGGGCCAUUUGACGUGGUUCUUGUCCUUGCUAUUGCUCCUCGGUUCAACGUUGGCAAAUGGAGCUUGUGGGCCGCCUUCGUCACGGUGGUCUAGUCAUGUGAUUGGCCGCACAGAAUAUUGUUACUACACCGACACGGGGCUGAUGAGAACUUGGCACGAGGCCAACCAGUGGUGCAUAUCGCAGAACGGCGAGCUGGCCAGUAUCACCAGCGCUGGCGAGCAGAACUUCUUGGUGAACACUCGCGCGGGCCUCACGUCAGUAUGGAUUGGCCUUCACAAUCGCGACCCAACGAAACCUGGCGAGUUCACAUGGACAGACAACAGCACGUACAAGGGCCACUACACAAACUGGCCGCAUGGGGCCCCUGUAGGCAACCUGGAUGAUGCCUGCGUGGAGAUGGACAAUCGCGGCUAUUGGAUGGCGACCGAUUGCGCCAUGCAGCGGGGGACGGUGUGCAAGCGUCUGGCGGCCAACGCACUGCCAGACGAGGCUGAUCACGACAACCACACGAUGAUCAAUACUACAACGCUCUGCGGUGGAUGGUACGAGCACAGCGGAUUCUGCUACCAGUAUUUCUCCGGCCGUGUCACCUGGACAAGUGCCCGCUCCCGCUGCUUCAAGGCAGGCGGUUAUCUUAUCGACAUCCUCAGUCAGCAUGAGCAAGAGUUUGUGAACGCAUUUGCACAGCAGUUGCACGUUCACAGUUUCUGGAUGGGUCUGAACAGUCGUUUGAACAGUUCUGUAUUUGUAUGGGAUGACGGCACGCUCCGUGGCCAUACUCUAUCUACUGACGCUUCUGCUCUGAACUGGGGGCUCUACGAGCCGAAUAAUCGUUACAGCAACGAGCACUGUACAGAAACACAAGCCUACCCGUCGCUGGUGUGGAAUGACGUGCGCUGCAACACCGUACGGUCUUACGUGUGCAAGCGGCGCAUGAGCACCACCGGCACCUACACAGACAUCACACCCGCCAAACCCACCACAUGCCCGGGCGGGUACAAGAUGUAUGCCCAUCCGAACGGAGCCAUCUACUGCUAUCAGCGCCGCGGCUCCUCCUACAGGUUACUGUCACAGAAAUCGUGGAGCAACGCUGCCAAGGAUUGUGAAGAUUCCGGCGAGACCCUGCUCAGCAUUGGUGAUCACUUGGAGGGCAACUUCGUCCGGACUCACCUCCUGUCAUCAUUCUUCUACUCCUACACGCGUGUCUGGAUUGGUAUGACCAGCGUAGGCUAUGGCCACUACCGGUGGCGCGAUGGUAGCCCAGUCUCCUUCACUAGCUGGUCAAGGUACAUGUCGCGUCCAAGUCGCUAUCAGCAGUGUGCGUACAUAUACCGCUACUCCAGCAAGUGGCAAAUGGGCAGGUGCACCGCUCGCAACCAGUACAUCUGCAAGCUGACCUUGAGAAAGCCUGACGACCGCAGCGGCCCCAAGCCAGCCAUUCACAAGUACUGCCAACGUGGCUGGCAUAGCCACAAUGGCUUCUGCUAUUUCGUAAAUCCGACUCGGGCUGGAAACCAUGCUACUGCUGUUGCUGAGUGCAGCAAGAAGGGAGGUAAAUUGGCGAGCAUCCACUCUCUUGCCGAACAAGCUGCUGUGUCCUCCUUCCUGGAAUCUUAUCAGGUAGCAAACUCCAGACUGGAUGCCUUCAUUGGGCUGACAGACGUCAAGUACGAAGGGGAGUAUGUCUGGGAUGACGGAAGCAAUGUGGACUACACGUUUUGGUCUAAAGGUCAACCCAAUGACCAUUAUCAUCACGAAGACUGUGUGAAGUUGUACCAGCACAGCUCUACGUGGAAUGAUGUGUCCUGCGGCUCCAACUACUCUUACAUCUGCAAGAAGCCAGCAGAUCUAGCGAAAGCAGAGAUUGGUACUGAGUCUAAGUGCCCGGCUGGUUGGAAAGAGUUUGACAACAGCUGCUACAAGCUCAGUACCACCCCGCUCCCUUUCACCGAAGCGCAGAAGGCUUGCGCACAACACACCAGCAAGAAGGGCAAGGCCGGGUCAUUGGCUGCCGUCUCCAACCGUGCUGCAAACUUCAUGCUGACCGGUAUGGCAUUUGGCCGUCAAGAAAACACGUCAUCGCAAAUUUGGAUAGGACUGACAGACUCUGCCGAGGAAGGGGUGUAUAGCUGGACGUCCAAGCAACCGGUGACUUUCGUUGGCUGGGGUUCUGGCCAGCCUAGUGAAAGUUUCAGCCCGACGGGCCGCAAAGGCAUGAAGAACUGUGUGACCCUGCGCGCAGCCAAUGGUCACUGGUAUGACACCUCCUGCUCUGCUGUGCACAACUACAUCUGCAUGACUGAUGAUGCAGAUGGAAAGCCAAUACCGGCUAGCCCCACCAAGCCCGUCCCUGUCUGGACUAGUCCAUGCGAGACAGGCUGGUUCAAGCACGACUCGGUCUGCUAUGGGUUCUUUGGCUCGAUAACGAACGCCACAAUGCAAAUGGUCGAUCCAGUCAUAACUCCGCAGUCUUGGGUAGACGCGGAAGCACAGUGCGCACGCCGUGGCGCUCACCUUGCCAGCUUCCACGACACCAGUACGCAGGACUGGGUUGCGAAAAUGUUUGAUGAGAAGCUAGAGAGUGGCGUGUUUGCCUACUGGAUUGGUUUGUCUCAGCUCUCCCAAACCCAGGGUGGCUACCAGUGGACAGAUGCGUCUCCUCUGGACUACACACGCUGGGCACCGUUCGAACCGAAUGAUCGGCGGGGCUCCGAGGACUGCGUUGAGGUAAUCGUGUCGCACCAUAGAGCUACGUACAACUGGCGCUGGAACGACUACCGCUGCACGUCGAGAAGGUCUUUUGUCUGUGCCAAAACCCCAGGCACCAAGUACGAUCAUCCAACUCCAAAGCCAACGCCACAAACACCAGUUGGAAUGACCAAGGUAUCAUGCCCACCUGGCUGGAUUCAAACAGUCGACGCUUGCUACCGGCUUGUGCAGAAGCCAUUGUCCUGGACAUUCGCAGGGAGAAAAUGCACAGCUCGCAGCAAAAGCAAAGGAGUCCCGGAGGGCGUUACAGUGUCUCUAGCCAGCAUUCACAACAGCGAUGAUCACAUUUUACUCGCCGAGCACAUCAUGGAAGCCGCUGCCACCCUGGAUAACGUUACUAACUACUGGAUUGGUCUGAACGACCGCAACAACGAGAGCUGGUUCGUAUGGAGUGAUGAGUCGCCAGGCGACUACUUGCCCUGGGGUGCCGGGGAGCCUAACAAUUACUAUAGCAAACAGGACUGUGGCCAGAUCAAGGGAGCGUACGGAUACUUGUUCAACGACGCCGACUGCAGUCGCCAGUUCAACUACGUGUGUGGGUACUCUCGCUAUCAACCUGGAGAUACUGGCAAGACAACCUGUGCCACGGAUGUACCAUGCCAUACUGAGUGCCCAGCGAAUUGGAAGCGGAACGGUGACUCCUGCUACCUAGCUAUCGACACGAAAAUGGACUUCGAUGAGGCUACGCUCAAUUGCUCCGGAUACAACGUAGACUCGGAAGAUAGUGGUGACUUGGUGACUAUCAACAGCAAUGACGAGAACAAAUGGCUCACAAGAACGUUUUUCACCAAGGAUGACUACUAUUGGAUUGGACUAAGUGAUGAAGACCAGGAAGACCGAUGGAGAUGGGGAUCUGGUCAAAAGGUUCUUUUCACCAACUGGAACAGCGGCCAGCCCAACAACAACUAUGGCCGAGAUAGUGGUGAAAACUGUGGCGCGGCUGAUGGGAAGAGCGGUGGAAAGUGGUUCGACCGACCGUGCGACUACUACUAUAAAUUUGUCUGCGAAAUGCCUGUCAUGGUCGUAAAUGAUUCGGUCACAACACCUUCCCAUGCUCCUGCAUCAGCGGCUGCAGUGACAACAACAACAGCUACUGUAACCACCACCGGUGGCGAUGGCAAGGACGCAGCAUCUACAAACAACAAACGAUCUGGCCUGAGUCCUGUGGCGACGGCACUGAUUGGUGUACUGUGCACUCUGCUCAUCAUGGCCUUGAUCAUCGGUGCUAUUGUGCUCUUCUAUCGCCAUCGCCAGAGAGUCAACUCAGGCCUAGCCGGUACCAUUGGCUUUCGACGCCUCAAUGUCCACGACGACGAAGAGGACGACGACAAGUUGCUUGUUGAUUAGGAUGAUGCACCAGGGAUAGGAUGCACGGCUGUCUGAAACACCCAAUGCUUGCGUAACAUGCUUGCGUAGUAACUGAGCCUAAGAGUAGUGUCCCAUCACUGUUGUUGCCUUUUCGGCAAAUUUGCACUCCAUUGAGGUUGAGAACUAACAUCGCCAUAAUAAUUGUACCCCAAAGAAUUUCAGUAGGUAGUAAAAGUUAGCUUUUGACAAGCUGUGAAAAGGAACAUAAACAAGUUGGGGCUGGUAUUCAGCUCAGACGAUUCUUAUCCCUCCUUACCCUCCUUGGCCACAUUGUCUGUCUCCUCCCUUGGAGCGAUUAUUACAUGAGGAGAUCUAAUUCACUCAAUGCCAUGAUGGCAAAUCACUAUGCAAGCAUUGCUAAACCGCAGCAAUGUAAUUUAUGGUUUCACGGUGCUCCGCUUCAGGGGUAGUUUGUGGUUGUGAUGUGACUAAUUCCCGUUUUCUUCUUUGUUCAUUCGUUCAUUUGAUAACUUGUGUUUCAGUCAAUUGCUGCUUGCAGUCACAGUAUUGUGGAGUUGAAAUUUUCACCCACCUAGUAAGAAUGGCGAAUAAUGCAGAAGUUUGCCACACAGCACUGGUUCUCUCGCUUUACAUCGUCUCUUCCUUACAAUUCUCCCCCCCCCCCAAACAUAUAUACACUCUAAUCGAAUUUGACAUCUUUUUCCCUUUUGUUCCAGUUUCCGGUUUUUAGUCCAAUUAUUGCUCAAAAGUAGCCCUUGAACGUGUCAUUUUCCACCUGUUCCAUAUUUUUCCGGUCGACACAAUAAAACUCUUGAAAGUAUA